AUGUCAAAACUAGCAAGUCAGGAUAAACGACAAAUGUUACCAACUAAUGUAAGACCGACCCAUUAUACUUUGACCUUGACUCCAGACAUGGUCAAUUUCACUUUUAUCGGAUCCGAAACUGUCAACAUUAAUAUCAGCGAAAAUACCAAAAUUAUAACUCUUCAUGUUAACGAAAUUGAAAUAAAUUCUGCCAAGAUUAUCAAUUUGGAUUUAAAAACUAGUAAAAGUUGUGAAGCGACGAAUAUCAAUUAUGAUACUCAAAAAGAAACGGUUACUUUAACUUUCCCACAAGAGUUUUCUUCCGGAACUACUGCUUCCCUUCAUAUUGAAUACAAUGGCAUUUUGAACGAUAAGAUGGUCGGAUUUUAUAGAAGUUCAUAUGAAGAUAAAAACGGAAAUACUAAAUGUAUGAUAACAACUCAAUUUGCGGCAACAGAUGCUCGCCGCGCGUUCCCUUCAUGGGAUGAACCUGCAAUUAAAGCUACCUUUGAUAUAACUUUAAUUGUACCAUCUGAUAUGACCACUUUAAGUAAUAUGAAUGUAGUCAGCGAGACACAACUUGGUGAUGGUAAAAAAAAAGUCAAGUUUAAUAGAACGCCGUUAAUGAGUACCUACUUGGUUGCUUUUAUUGUCGGUGACUUGGGUUAUAUUGAAGCCUAUACACCUGGGGGUCGCAUUGAUUGCGAGCCCAUAUCAAUCAGGGUGUAUGCACCUAGGGGCAAUGAGCAGUAUGGUGAAUUUGCUCUAAGCGUAGCAAUACAAGCUUUAGAAUAUUUUACAGAAGUAUUUGGAAUUCCAUUUCCUUUGCCUAAAUGUGACAUGAUUGCAAUUCCGGACUUUGGAUUUGGCGCUAUGGAGAACUGGGGUUUGAUUACGUAUCGUACUGCCAAUGUCCUUUUUGAUCCUAUUGAUUCUAAUGUCGAAACUAAGAAAAAUAUCGCGUACACUGUUUCUCAUGAAAUAGCACAUCAGUGGUUCGGUAACCUCGUAACUAUGGAAUGGUGGGAUCAUCUUUGGCUCAAUGAAGGCUUCGCUACUUGGGCUGGAAAUUUUGCUGUUGAUAAAUUCUUUCCUGAUUGGGAUAUUUGGACUCAAUUUGUCACUGAAGGAUUUCAGAGCGCUCUUCAGCUCGAUUCUUUAAGAUCUUCUCAUCCUAUUGAAGUUCCUGUAAAUGAUACCAGUGAAAUUUCUCAGGUGUUUGAUGCUAUUAGUUAUUACAAGGGUGCUUCUGUAAUUCGCAUGCUAAAUUCCUUUCUUGGGGAGAAAGUAUUUUUAUCAGGCAUUAGAAGAUAUUUAAAACUUCAUGCAUUCGGUAAUGCGACUACUGAUGAUUUAUGGCAAGCGCUAUCAACAGAGAGUGGCAACGAUGUUGUUCAGUUUAUGACAGGAUGGACAAAGAUGGUGGGAUAUCCAGUAUUAACUGUACAGGAAUCAGCACCUGAAACGUUGAUAAUUAAACAGUGUCGGUUCCUUUCGUCUGGAGUAAUUAGUCCUGAUGAGGAUACUACAAUUUGGUGGGUACCUCUUGGAGUCGACCUUGGUCCCGACAAUCAAAGUGAUAUUAAGUCGUCUGUUCUCACUAAAAAGGAAAUCACAUUGAAAUUACCACCUAGAAAUUCUGAUUUUUAUCAGCUCAAUGCACGUAAAACUGGCGUUUUCCGUGUUAAUUACACCCCUGAACGAUUAUUUAAAUUGGGACAAGCAGUAAGGUCAGGAUUACUUGAGGUUAAUGAUCGUAUUGGGGCAAUUGCUGACGCUGCCGCUUUAGCAACUAGUGGUUACGGAAAAACUAGUAACUUUUUGAGCUUCAUUAAAGAAUUUGAAGGAGAGGACAAAUAUGUUGUAUGGCGUGAGAUAAAUUCUCGUCUUAUAAAUAUACUUAACGUUUGGUUUGAACAACCUACACCAAUUUAUCAUGGACUUCAAACUUUCAACCGUGAGUUAUCAUCUAGAUUAGUUUCUAAAUUAGGUUGGGAAUAUUCUGAAAGUGAUGAUCAUUUGACUACUUUGUUAAGAACACUUAUUAUUAGUAUUGCCGGUGGAGCUAAUGAUCCAGAUACGGUUAAGGAAGCUUAUCGCAGAUUUAAUCUUUUCACUAAACAAAAUGAUGAAUCUGCUUUACAUCCUAAUAUACGUGGUGUUGUAUUUAAAAUUGUUUUAUCACAUGAUGGCGGAGACGAAGAGUUUGAAGCUAUAUUGAGGAUUUAUCGUGAAUCAAAAACAGCAGAUCAAAAAUUAGAAGCUUUGUCCGGGCUUGGUUUUGCUCAGCGUGAUGACUUGAUUCAACGUGCGUUACAAUUCGCAAUCAGUGAAGAAGUUAAAAAUCAAGAUGUGAUUAGCGCUUUUGCUAGUUUGCAAUCAAAUCCAAAGUCACGAAGACAAUUAUGGAAUUUUGUUAAAGACAAUUGGGAUUUGAUUCAUGAGCGAUAUAUCAACUUUCUUGCGCUUUUUGGAAACGUUAUCAAAAGAUGCAUUGAUUUAUUCUCAUCUGAAGAUGACAUUGUCGAUAUCGAGAAAUUUUUCUCUAAUAGAGAUUGUAAAGGGUUUGAAAGAUCUUUACAACAAAGCAUAGAAAAGAUUCGUGUUAAUGCGACUUGGCUUAAACGUGAUUCAAAAGACGUUGAGGAAUGGUUAAGUGCCAAUGGCUUCUUGAAAUGA